GUACAGACCCAGCUGUUUUUGUUUGUUUGUUUGUUUUACUUUUGUAUUUUCAGUUUUCUCAUUAUGACCAAUAUUGAUCAAGACCAAAAAUACCGCGGCAUGAGCAGGUACAAGAUAAAAUAAAACCGCGAAUAUGCUCCGCAGCUCUUUUAAUUUGAAAGCGGAAGUGUGAUAUGCAAUGCUCGACGAGGGGCUACGCUGACUGUCAAGCGUUUGGAAUAGGACUACGACGUGUAGCGGACCGUGUUCAGCUGUAAAAUUCAAAAGGGCUUGAAGUUGCAUUAUGGAUUCGGGGAAACACCCAUGCGCUCCACCAGCGGGAUGGUCCAGUGAAAAGUCCUCCAUGGGCCAAGCGCCCCCUCCACCCUACCAGGACGACAGUAACCCUGGCCCUGGAUAUCCACUGCAGGGUUAUCCCGGGCAGCCUGCAGGAGUAGGAUAUGGACAGCCUGCAGGAGUAGGAUAUGGACAGCCUGCAGGAGUAGGUUAUGGACAGCCUGCAGGGGCAGGAUAUGGACAGCCUGCAGGGGCAGGAUAUGGACAGCCAGCUCAUCCCAUGGGUGGACAGUACCCUGCACCUCAGCAGGGUACUGUCGUGGUCCAGCCCACAGUGUAUGUGGCUCAGGGUCCUCUAGCUAACCCCGUCAAUGACUACUUGGGCUACUCCAUCUUCACCAUGUUGUGCUGUUGCCUGCCACUUGGAAUUGCUGCCCUUAUCUUCUCCAUCUUGACUCGGGAAUCCAACCACGUUGGCGAUCGGAUGUCAGCGGAGCGGAGCAGCAGGACAGCCAGGACACUGAACCAUGUGGCUUUGGGACUCGGUAUUGCUGGCCUGAUCCUCACAAUUGUUUAUGUGGCAGUUGUGAUAAAUGCCGUUGGCAAAUACUGAUUUAACAUCUUUUCUAUAUUGCCUCUUCAUGCUCAGAAACAGGUUAUGUGAACAUAUCAGGAACAUUAUUGGCUUUCAGGGUGACGUUUUAUUGGAAACUUUUUAAAUUUGUGGCCCCUAAUGUGCUGAAAAAUCUUUGACGUUAACCCUAUAAUGGCAUUUGUAUCAUAUUUGCCCUCUUUCUCAUCAACAUAAUCAAUACCUUCCAUAAUUUUAAAAUGUUAUGGACAAAACUCUUUUUUAAAAGAGUCUAAAUUUAACAUUGUUGUUAACAAAAAAUUGUCAAAAACGCCCAAUGUAUCAAAUGUGAUACAAAGAAAAUAUCUCAUAAAUAUCUCAUAAACAACAUAAUAUAGCACAGAAAAUGUGGAUUUGGUUAUAAGGGUUAUUAAACAUCUCAGUUCCAAAACAAUUAGAAUUUUUUCUGGUUAUUUUUUGAUGGGUUGGGUCUUACAGAGUUAAUCAAAUUAUUAUCAACAGUGAUUGGCAAUUUAUUGUUAUGAUCUUGCUGAAUACAUCCAAAUCACUGCAACCCAUUACUCUUCAGCAGUGUGAAGACUAGCAUCUAUUGCCAAAGAUUCAUAUUUACUAAUCAGUUAUUUUGCUUAUGAUUUGCUUUUGUAUGUUAUCACGCAUCUAUCGUCACAUUUUUGACAUGUAUGGGCUUUUGUUUCUCAAUUUUGAUGCCUUAUGAAUGAGAGUUUAUUGUGCUGUCAUUACACAAGCAGAAUUCAUGCCAUACAAAGUUUAUGUUUCAUGAUUAAAUGGCAAAUGAUUAUCAAAACUGUAUUUAGGUUGUGAGAUUAAAGUUUGACUUUGAGUUUUGUGAAAGUAUUAAAAGGCUAAAAUGUUUACGAACAUUAAAAUUCCUCACUGAUGGAGACAUGUGUUUUGUCCAUGCUGAAAAACAGUGGAAGACUGAAGUCUGUUGAUCAUCAGUUUUGCAAUCUUAAACAGGAUGUCAUAGACUGUUUAGAGGAGUGCAAAGCUUCUCACGAAAUCAGCAGUAAAGUAGAAACAGCUGAGGCAUUAUGAGGAGCAGUUCAGUCAGGCUCCAAUUCGCUCUGUAUUCAAACUUGUGUAGGUAUCGCUGGUGUUCUGUUGCGCUCUGUGUUUUCUUUGUAGCCAAUGCUUAAGACUGUAUACCAAAUUUCUUUAUAAAUAAAGUUGAAGUAUGUCAUGAGAAAAA